AUGAACAUAACGUAUGUCGAUGCCAGAUAUCCAGGAGCCACACAUGAUGCCUUCAUAUGGAAUAAUAGUAGACUCAAGGAAAUUAUGUCGAAUAACACAGGAGAAAACACAUGGCUUUUAGGUGACGCUGGGUUUCCGUUGGAGACAUAUCUGAUGACUCCAUUUCGAGCCGCAGUGAGUGGCAGUCCAGAAAGCAAAUACAACAAAGUACAUUGCAAGGCGAGGAACAUUAUAGAAUGGACUUUUGGCGUUUCGAAAUCAAAAUAUAGAUGCCUAUCUUCUGAGCGCGGACUUCACUAUGCUCCACAGAAAGCAACUGCCAUCAUUAAUUCUUGUUGUGCUAUUUACAAUAUUGGCCGUCGCUUUGAGUCAGGUUUUGAAGAACCCAGUAUUGAAGCCGAGACUAUAGACACAGAUAUAAAUUCUGAUUUUGUAACAACCAUCCAUAAUAUUCUAGCACAAUAA